UUCCCUUCAGUUCGUCCUCAGUGCAGGACAACAUCGGCGGAGGGCGAGCCAAUUACAGUGCAGUUCGUCCUCAGUGCAGGGCAACAGCGGGCGGGACAGACCGAACUAUUCCGAUCCAGCCCGGCCCAGUCGCACACGGCAGCGAUAUCCUGUAGCAUUAAUCACCGUUUAAGAACUACAAUGGAGGCCAUUGUCCGUCGCUGUCCAUUCCUUUCACGUGUAUCCCAGACUUUUCUUCAGAAGGCUGGCAAGUCACUGAUCUACUAUGCUCAACACUGUCCUGUUAUGAUGAUGAAGGCAGGAGCCAAACCUAUAACCCGGACUGUCGCCACCUCUGCUGCUCACUGUCAACAGACCAAAGAAACCACCCCGGUGAAUGAGAAACCCACAAGUUUGACGUCAGCCCCAAGUGCCCCAGCUUCUCAGCUUCCCCCUGGACACCCAGUCCCUAAUGCUGGACAGACAAUUGCUUCCAAAUGUCCAUUCCUUGCUGGUGAGAUGAGCCAUGGUAAGAGCUCGGUUGUACGAAAAGCCAGUGUGGAGCUAUCAGAGGAUGUGCAACAGAUGCACGCUGUGAGGAAAGAGUUACCUGUGUCAUCGGUCGACUUGACUGUUACCAACAUCCAAAAGGAAGCUGGCCUGCAAAAGAACCUGAAUAAUGGGGCAAAGCAAAAGCCUUCAAUUUCUCACCUCAUUCAGGACAACAUACCAAAAUCCAUUUCAGCUUUUAAAUAUGAUGGAUUCUUUGAAAAAAAGAUUGAUGAGAAGAAGAAAGAUCAUACUUACCGUGUCUUCAAAACUGUGAAUCGCCGUGCUGAUGUAUUUCCUAUGGCAGAUGACUAUUCUGAUUCUGUGAGUGUCAAGAAGGAAGUUUCUGUUUGGUGCAGCAAUGAUUACCUUGGAAUGAGCCGUCACCCACGUGUUGUGGGCUCUAUCAUGGACACCCUUCGAAGUCAUGGUGCUGGAGCUGGUGGAACCAGGAAUAUUUCUGGAACCAGCAAGUAUCACGUUGAUUUAGAAAAUGAAUUGGCUGAUCUCCAUGGCAAAGAUGCAGCACUACUGUUCUCAUCAUGCUUUGUGGCAAAUGAUUCUACCCUCUUUACACUGGCCAAAAUGCUCCCAGGAUGUGAAAUCUACUCUGAUGCCGGAAACCAUGCCUCCAUGAUACAAGGCAUACGAAACAGUGGAGUUCCAAAGUUUAUAUUUCGUCACAAUGAUGUCAAUCAUCUACGAGAGCUAUUGAAGAAUUCUGACUCGGCUACUCCAAAGAUUGUAGCCUUUGAGACAGUCCAUUCAAUGGAUGGUGCGGUCUGUCCUUUGGAGGAGAUGUGUAAUGUAGCCCAUCAAUAUGGUGCAAUAACUUUUGUUGAUGAAGUCCAUGCUGUUGGCCUUUAUGGCUCUAGGGGUGGAGGAAUAGGAGAUCGAGAUGGAGUCAUGCAUAAAAUGGAUAUAAUAUCUGGAACACUGGGAAAGGCAUUCGGUUGUGUUGGUGGCUACAUAGCCAGUACUGCCUCUCUUAUAGAUACUGUGCGGUCAUAUGCUGCUGGCUUCAUCUUCACUACCUCAUUGCCCCCAAUGUUGCUUUCUGGUGCUUUGCAAUCUGUCCAAUUCCUGAAAAGUGGGGAUGGUCGAGCUCUGCGCCGUAGGCACCAGCGCAAUGUUAAACACCUGCGUCAGUUACUGAUGGAUGCUGGUUUACCUGUGGUUCACUGUCCCAGUCACAUCAUUCCAGUCCGAGUUGCAGAUGCUGCUAAAAACACUCAGAUCUGUGAUGAAUUGCUAAGUAAAUAUAACAUUUACGUCCAAGCUAUCAAUUACCCCACUGUUGCACGUGGUGAGGAACUCUUGCGUAUUGCCCCAACCCCACAUCACACCCCUGAGAUGAUGAAUAACUUUGUUGAAAAACUAGUAACAACAUGGAAGGAUGUUGGAUUGGAGUUGAAGGCCCAUUCCUCAGCUGAAUGUAACUUCUGCAGAAGACCUCUACAUUUUGAGAUGAUGUGUGACCGGGAAAUAUCCUAUUUCAAUGGAAUGAGCAACCUGAUAUCUGUGAAAGCCUAGAUCAAUGUGCUUCAGGACUGUCUUUGUAUGAGAACUUAAAUUUAGACCAUAUAAUGUAUGUUUUUAUGAAAAUUUACAUAUUUACAUAUUUAAUUAUACAAGAUUAUUUCCAUAGACUAAAAAUACUUAAUUAAAAAAGGCAAAACUGUUUUUAUGUCUGUCUCAUGUUAUUAAAAUAUAAUAAUGGUCUAAGUUUUUUUUUCUACUCCUGAAAGUAGCAGGAACAACUGCACAUUUUAAUCUCCUAAAAUGAAGGGUGAAAUAAGAGGCCUUUAAAAUAACAGGUAUAUUUGAUUACAUUUAGGGAGUUUGGGGGUGGAGGGAAAUAGAACGUAGAACUUUACAGCACAGUACAGGCCCUUCGGCCCUCUGUUGCGCUGACCUAUGAAACCACUCUGUAGCCCAUCUAACCUACACUAUUCCGUAUGUUUAUCCAAUUCCCAUUUAAAUGUCCUUAAAGCUGGCGAGUCUCCUACUGUGGCAGGCAGGGCAUAACACAUCCUUACUACUGAGUAAAGAACCUACCUCUGACAUCUGUCCUAUAUUUAUCAGUGUUUGAUCAUGGGUCACCUUAAGUCCAUUUUUAAAAAAAAAGACUUUAUCAAAAUUUAGCUGAAAAUUCCCCAUUCUAAGUGGCAAUAUACAUAUCUAGUUUCCUUUUACUGUCUGUGUCCUUGUUCAAAUAUGUUGAUUUGGGUUGGAUGCUGGCUAAGUGGUUUGUUCAGAGUAGGUUUAGAUCAUUUCAGUUGUCACCUGCUGCUAUGUUAUAAGUUCUUCUUCUGUAAUCAAUAAAUAUCACAUCUUGUCAGGAACAAUUCAAUCUGUAGAAUGGUUCCAGUAUUAUUGAAAAUACUUGCCCAAGCUUUUAUCCGACACUAACUUGGAGCUUGAACACAAUGCAACCUUGGAAAUGAGUUGUACAGCCUAUCAUACCCUAGGCUUGUUUUGCUGGUACCAGCCCAAAAGUGAGAUUUUUAUCUAGAUCAAAGAUAUACAUUUAUGAUUUUAAUUUGAUAUCAAACUGAAUUAGUAUUGUUACUUUUUAUAAAAUGGGAUAGGAAAGAAGAUACAGAAUUUAGUAGCACCAAAUUGAUCAUCCUCUCCACUAAAGAUCUGAAAGCAAGCUUAGUAUCCCAGUGUGUUCCAUAUUGUUGUUCUUAAUGGGCCUAAAGUUGCAAGUGAGACGGUAGCAAAGGUUCAGCAGCUGGUGAAAAUAUUAAUGUCUUGUGAAGUUGAGGAAUAUUUUAAUUGAUUUUCUUUUUGUUGUUGUGAAAUGUCUUCCAACACAUGCACCUAAUUGAGUUUCAGAUCCAUCCUAUUUCUCCACUGUUUAAAAUGUUAAUUCCUUUUUCAACCAGUGUUGUAUCAGUUUCAUUCCCUGGGUCUGAUGUCUGCAUAAUAUUACUCAAUCUCUCCAUUUCCUCUUAGCUUUAGUAGAAUUGAUCCCUUGCUUCCCACACAGAGCAAGUAAUCUCUAUUAACUCAGUGGAGAAACUUCUUCAAAUCUCUUGAUUCGGUUUGCUCAAGUGGCAAUGGUUUUAUCAUAUUAAAAGUUGUCUUAACUUGCAGUUUUUCAUUCCAUGUAUCAUGUUAGACCAACACGUUUUAAUAAAGGUGUUCACAGUA